GCUCUACCAUUUAACAGAUUUUUAUAUACUAAAAUUCAUUUUUUUUAACGAAACCCAACCCCGUAGAAUUUCCCAAUUCACAGAAAACGUAGGGCUUCUUCUGACCAUCUCUCUGCAUCCGCUACGUAAUCGCUGAUACAAUCGGAAAGUCCAGCGCGGAUGGAUCUUGAGGUGGUGGGGCGCCACGCGCUGCUCUUCGACGACGACGCCACUGCCGCCUUUACCAACUCCAGCGAUGCGCUUGUCGAGUGGAAUGGACUGUCUAUCGACCGCUAUGACGUUCGCCACCUCCUCCCCAGUCCUCCGCCGCCACGUAAGCCCCGCCGCCAAUAUACGGAAGAUGCCUCCCUCGGCUCGGAGAUCGAUCACGAGCGGUAUCUUGAUUUGCCGCCACCGGGCGACGAUGAACAAGAACUAGAUUUGCAAGAGGGUCCCAAACCAGUGGAUGCUGGUGGCUAUCGUGCUGUUGCCUUUUCCUAUGGGAAGAGUAAUGAAUCCAUAGAGGAAAAUAACAACGAUGCUGAUUCUGGUUUUCGUCCACCCUUCCAAGUACCAGAGAGCUUACUUCAAAACUUACCACCAACAGAGAAGUUACAUCAGAUUAUUGCAAGAACUGCUGUGUUUGUUAGCAAACAUGGUGGUCAGUCAGAAAUUGUUUUGAGGGUCAAACAGGGGGACAACCCAACAUUUGGGUUUUUGAUGCCUGAUCAUCAUCUCCAUGCCUACUUUCGGUUUCUCGUAGAUCACCAAGAACUUUUCGAGCCUGAUAGUGGUAGCAAAUCUCUAGAAGAAAAGAACAUUGCUGGUGCUGGGCCCGAUCAUUCUGGUGGUGCUUUAUCUAUUCUUGGUUCUGUAUACGGGUCUGGAGAGGAUGAGGAUGGUACAACUGAGGAUGUUCCUGAAUCUGAGGAAGCUGUUUGUGUUGGUACUGCAAAUGUUUGUAAUGGGUCGGAACAGGCAGAACCUCAUGUAAAUGCAGCGGGGAAAGAUGAGGUGGUUGCCAAGAGUUCAUUUUCUAUUAUGAAAGAAAAAGCACCUAUCAUAAAGCGAAAUCGUUUCAUCAGUACAGUUGGAAAUACUAGUGGGAAUAAAAAUGAAGGUGAUGCCUUGAAUGCACUUUCGAUUGCUGGGGACAAGUCACAGACGUCUUUGCCAAGAACAUCCAAGGUUGAGGCUCCUAUUAUAGAGCCUCUAUCUGAUUUAAAGAGAGUUGUUGACAAGAUAGUUGAGUUCAUCCUAAGAAAUGGUAAAGAAUUUGAAGCUGUGCUGGUUGAACAGGAUAAAAAACAUGGAAGAUUUCCGUUCCUUCUGCCAUCUAAUCAAUACCAUGCUUACUAUUUAGAAGUCCUUAAGAAAGCUAAAGAGUCUAAGCUACCCGGCAAGGCCUCUGUUGCUGAGAAGCAUGAUUCAGUGGGGCAUGGGGUGGACAAGAAAACUGCUUCUUCAAAAGAAGGUGAUACUCUCUCUGGAGGAUCUGCUAGUCUUGAUAUACCAUAUAAUUAUGACAAGAAAGAGAAGUUUAAGAUGGUAAUUGGAAAGUCCAAGAAGGAUGGGCAGGAUCCGCCUUCCAAAGCCACUGAGCCACAAAUUGAUGCAGCUGCUACUGCAGCAAUUCUUCAGGCUGCUACAAGGGGUAUUAAGAAUGCUGGUUUAGAAUUUUUCCCUAGGACAUCACUAAAUGGUAGCGGUCGAGGCCCUAGCAUUGAAGGUGGGCUUACUUCAAGCUUUGGGAGUCUCCAAUCAUCUCAACAUCAAAAUUCCAUUUCAAAGCCCGGUCAAAUGGGAGAUCCUAAUGUUUCUGCCCCUGUUGCCAAGGCCAUUGCAGAGACAGCUGCUAUUGCGGCUGCAAGUGAGGCUGACUCCUCUGAAGCAUGCUUGACAAAAGAGCAAAAGCUGAAGGCCGAGAGAUUGAAGCGUGCAAAGAUGUUUGCAGCCAUGAUAAAGACUGGAGCUGCACCCAUGAAAACAGAAGCAUUGCGUGGCUUCUCAGCAGAACCACCUGCUUCUGGAAUUUCUGGAUCAGGUACUGACUUUGAAAAUCUUUUGGGCAAAGAAAGAGAAGGCAGUUCGGUUCCAAUGGAUGUUGAUACUUCAGAUAAGACUGAGAAGUCUGAUAAGAAAAGUUCUGUUGAUGAAUAUAAUGAACGGCGGUUGAAGCGAAGUUACCGUUCCAGAUCUAAAAGACAUGAACAAGAAGAAGAGGAGGAAAAAGAAGAAAGAGAAGAGGAAUAUAAAAGGGCUCACAAGCACUCUAGGAAGAAGCACCGAUCUCAACGGUCUUCACACCAUAACAGGGACAGGCAUAAGCACAGGAAGAGACAUUCCUCUUCUGAGGACACUGAUUCUCGACAUGUGCAUAACUAUGAUGACUCUUUAGAUGACAAGCAUUGGCGCUCUAAUUAUCAGCAUAAGCACGAUGCUCCCUCUGAAGAUGAGCUUCGACCUUCUAAACAUCAUCGUAAACAUGCUAGUUCCUCUGAUAAUGAGCGUAGACAUUCUCGACAUCGGCGUAAGCAUCAUAGCUCUAGUUCUGAUGAUGAGCGUGAACAUCGAAGCAGAUCUGUCAGGUAUAGAAAAUCCCAACCCGAAGAAGUGGACUUGGAAGAAGGGGAGAUCCUUACAAAAUCAGAUCAAUCACAAGCCAGUCAGGGUAAGGGUGCGAGCCGGGAAGCUUCUGUUGAAGCGUCAAAAUCAUAUCAAGACGAAAGGGCCCCAUCUCGGCCCUCGGAAACCACAGAAGUUCCUGAUGAGCUUAGAGCCAAAAUCCGAGCCAUGUUAAUGGCGACCUUGUAAUUAGCAGCAUGCAUUUUAUUUUUCCUUUUCUUUAUCCAGUAAUUGUAACAGUUUUGAUGAAGUUAGUAUUAAUUCGAUACUAUUCGUAAA